CCACCACCUCCACCCCUCCCUCCUGCUCGCACAGCAUGUCCGACAUCUCCUCGCAGCUGCACGGCGGCUACGCACACGACCUCACGCGCGCAUGGAGCGCGCAGAGCUCCAGCUUGACAAAGAGCAUGUUCAUGCUGCCCCUGUUCAUCUCGGAUGACGAGCAGUGCAACUCGCCGCUCAAGGGCAUGCCGAACCAGCACCGCUGGGGCGUCGAGACGCUGCCCGGCUUCAUCGAGCCGCUCGUCAGGAAGGGCCUGCGCAGUGUCAUUCUGUUUGGCGUGCCGGAGAAGAAGCCCAAGGACGAGACCGGCACCCUCGCCGACGACCCUGAAGGGCCCGUCAUCUCCGCCAUCAAGAUGCUUCGAUCUCGUUUCCCCACCCUCUACGUCGCAGCCGACGUCUGUCUCUGCGAAUACACGUCUCACGGGCACUGCGGCAUUUUGCAUCCAGACGGCUUGAUCAACAACGUCCCCUCGGUGCAGCGCCUGGCAGACGUGGCUUUUGCGUACGCAAAGGCGGGAGCGCACUGUGUGGCGCCGAGCGACAUGAUGGAUGGCAGGAUCGGCGCCAUCAAGAAGAAGCUCAUUGAGGAGGGUCUUGCGGGAAAGACGACGCUCAUGGCUUACAGUGCCAAGUUCUCGAGCAACAUGUACGGCCCGUUCCGCGAGGCAGUAGCAUCGGCGCCCUCCUUCGGCGACCGACGAUGCUACCAGCUGCCCGCACAAGCUCGCGGGCUUGCCCGGCGCGCCAUCCUGCGCGACGUCGGCGAGGGGGCAGACAUUGUCAUGGUCAAGCCGGGCUCCAUCUAUCUCGACAUCGUCUCUGAAGCGAAGCGCAUCGCGCCCGACCAUCCUGUUGCAGUCUACCACGUGUCGGGCGAGUACGCCGCGCUGCACGCAGCGGCCGCCGCGGGCGUGUACGAUCUGCGUGCGGCCGUCAUCGAGCUCUCGCACGCCAUGGCGCGCGCGGGCGCCAGCAUUGUGCUGAGCUACUUCACGCCCGAGCUGCUGGACUGGCUCGAGGCAUGA